ACCACAUACAAUAGAGGAGGUGUACUAGCUAGCAACCCUCUUAGCUGCUAGCUAGCCGCCCAGUUCCUUCAUUUUUAUCUGCAAUCUUCAUUUUCAUCUCCAUUCCUCCAAUGGCUUCCUCUCUCUGUUUCUUACCCUUCUUACUCUUUGUUAUCUCUUCUGCUUCUUCAUCUACUGAUAUCUUACAUGGAAGUGAAGAAAAUGAAGCAGUGGGCCAUGAUUUGUAUAGAGAGUUUCUAAGGGAUGAAGCAGUCUCAAGAUUAAAUGAACUUGGGAAGGUUAGCGAUGUGGAUGGCUACCUUGAGAGGACAUUCAUGAGCCCGGCUUCUAUAAGGGCUGCAAAUGUGAUCCGCCGAUGGAUGGAGGAUGCUGGUUUGAGAACGUGGAUAGAUCAUAUCGGGAAUGUGCAUGGUCGGGUCGAUGGUAUGAAUGCAAGUGCGCCCGCUCUUUUGAUGGGCUCCCAUAUGGAUACGGUAGUCGAUGCUGGAAAGUUUGACGGUGCACUUGGUAUUAUUUCUGCUAUAUCAGCCAUGAAGGUUUUGAAAGUGACGGAGAAGUUAGAAAAGCUGAAGUAUCCAGUUGAGGUGAUUGCCUUUUGUGAUGAAGAAGGUGUGAGGUUCCAGUCGACGUUCCUCGGAAGCGCUGCCAUAGCGGGCAUCUUACCUGCAGCCACUUUGAACAUAUCAGACAAGAGUGGGAGAACUUUACAAGAAGUCCUCAAGGAAAAUACUGUUGAGGCAACACAGGACAAUUUGAUCCAGCUUAAAUAUCAUCCAGAGUCUGUUUGGGGUUAUGUAGAGGUUCACAUCGAACAGGGACCUGUUUUAGAAUCUGCUGGUAUUCCGCUUGGUGUAGUCAAAGGAAUAGCAGGACAAACACGUUUAAAGGUUACAGUUUCAGGUUCACAAGGACAUGCCGGAACUGUCCCCAUGUCCAUGCGGCGUGAUCCUAUGGCAGCCGCUGCUGAAUUGGUUGUACUACUAGAAAGCCUUUGUAAACAACCACAGAAAUUUUUAUCGUAUGAUGAUGAGUGCAGCACUGUCGAUUCUCUUUUUGGAUCGCUUGUUUGUACUGUAGGAGAAAUAUCAUUAUGGCCUAGUGCUAGUAACGUUAUUCCUGGACAGGUGACGUUUACUAUAGAUUUACGUGCUAUGGAUGAUAUCGGCCGUGAGGCUGUUUUGUACGAAUUGUCAGCUAGAAUGUACAACAUAUGUGAUAAAAGAUCCGUUUCGUGUGUGAUUGAGCGCAAGCACGAUGCAAAUGCUGUCAAAUGUGAUGGCGAAUUGAGCAUGCAGCUCCAAUCGGCGGCCCAUACAGCAUUCAGGAAAAUGGCAGGUAAUGUCGAUGUCGACGUGCCAAAAUUGAUGAGUGGGGCCGGUCACGAUGCCAUGGCCAUGGCUCAUCUUACGAAGAUGGGCAUGCUCUUUGUUCGAUGUCGUGGAGGUAUAAGUCACUCACCCGCGGAACAUGUGUUGGAUGAUGAUGUUUGGGCUGCGGGUUUGGCGGUCUUGGCGUUUUUGGAGAAUCAUGUGUAAAAUUGGUAGUUAUGCUUUAAAGAGCGUCUCAAUUGUACAUAAUGUACUAGUAUGUUGUGCAUAUGAACAAUAGCUGAUUAUUUUAGGUUGAUCUCCUUAGCCCUUGUUGGAUGCUUAGUUAAACUAUUUAGAUUUAUUCAAUAAUAAUAAAAAUGACAUUAAUUUCGA